AGUCCUUCCAAACACCCAAUAUAAAAUGAAAGGCUAUACUUAUUAGUCUGUGGCAUUAGCCUUUGGAACAACAAAAAGUAAACUUUGAAGCAAUUUUCCGGCUACAGACGACCAGCCUUCACAUUUCCAGUCUCCACACAUAAGUGAUUGGGCAAUCACUAGUCUGUGGCCUGACACGCCGCUCACAGACGAACUUCUCUAAGUCUGCAUCUUUGCAACACUGAUUGGGCUACUCGACUAUGGAAUGUACAGUAAUCCAUUCGGUGGGCCAGGCAAGCUUAACAUGGUUCAAGAUGGAGAAUUCCAACAGAGUUCAAGGGAACAUACGUUCCUGCAACAUAAGCAAGAGUUUUCAGAAGGGGGUGGUCAAAUUACAUCAAACAUACAAAGGGAAACAUACUACACAGAGUACCCCUGGGAGGAUAUAUUGUAGCCCCAUCAGUUUGGAGGAAGAAUUUUCAGCUGUACAAUCACGGGAUAUAUCGAGGCUUGACGAAUCUGGUUCUUGUGCUUCAAAUGAUGAAGACUAUCUUGGCCGCCCUUUGAGUUCGGAGGAGUUAAAGUUGCUGCUGACUGAUUCUGAAAGAUUAAAGGUUCUCAAGAAAUUGAGUGAAGCAAAUCAACAAAACAGGUUUUUCAAACGCCAGUUGCAAGCAAGAGAGCACGAACUGGUUAGUUUCAAAAGGGAACUUGCAGUGAUAGCACAUGAUAUUGAGGCUUUGGUCAGUUUGGCAGAAGAAAUUGCAAAAUCUAGCAUCCCAAAAGGUUCUAGAAAGAUUAAUGGAAAGUAUAUUCAAUCUCACCUCCUUUCACGUCUCCAAGCUUUGAAGGGAAAACUAAAAGAACAGAUAACGGAUGUGGAUGCUGCUCAACCCAAAGAGGUUCCUUUAUUCUGGAUGGGUAUGGCAGAGAGUGUGCAAGUAAUGGGAUCUUUUGAUGGCUGGAGUCAAGGAGAAGAGUUAUCUCCUGAGUACACCGGUGAUUACACCCACUUUUCAACAACAUUAAUGCUUAGGCCAGGAAGGUAUGAGAUCAAGUUCUUGGUGAAUGGAGAAUGGCAGCUAUCCCCAGAGUACCCUACAAUUGGUGAGGGAUUACUGAAGAACAACUUACUGAUCGUGGAAUAGUUCCCCCAAUUGGAUGAGCUGCCAUUUCUGCAAUGCAUAAUAAACAUCUCCUGUUUGUUUUAAGUGCACCUUUUCUAGCUUUUGUAAUUUACCUGUCCAGUAAGUGUAAGAUUUGGCUGAAUGAGCUGGAUUUGAUGAGUGGCCGAGGUGAAUUGGCUAAAUGUUUUGUAUAUUACUUAAAAGGUAUUCUAAAGAACAAUAUGUUAUAAAUAAAAUAAGAGAAUAACAAGUAGCUGAAAGUAAGAUGACUUCUGAUAACAGAAGAGGUUCUCCUAUGAUAAGUGUUUU